GGAUGCCGGGUAGCUGCGGCCUGAGCGCGGGCGACAAGGGAGGCAGGAGUCGGGGGACCUCCAGAGGGUUUUAGGAUACAGGAGGAGACAGAAUAGUGUGGAGACCGAUGCGCGCACACGCACGCACGCGCUUGAGUCACUUUUGGGGGUGCACAUUAUAGCCCCCCCCUCCCUUACACACACACACACACACACACACACACACACACACACACACACACACACUCACACACACACACACACGUCUUAAGAACAGCGGGAGAUGCAUUACGUCAUAGCCUCCCGUCGCCCUAGUUGACCGCGCGCGCAGGACGGGAUGAUGCAGGGCUGCUGGACCACAACGGGAACGGAUUCCGCUGCUGCUGCACGCGAGCGCCCGGUGGCGGUGUCCGGACCGCACGAGGAAGAAGGGGAGCCGCCGUCGCGCGGCCGCCGGCUCUGAUGGCUCCUCGCGCCCCGGGCGGGAAAGAGACACAGCAGUCGCCGCGGCGCGAGAGGGAAGGGGACAGCAGGUAUCUGGGAAGUGACGUGGAAUCCGCGCCCCGCGAGAAAGCACCACGGUGCGGUUGUCGUGCGUUUCGCAGGAGGGCAGGAGCGGGAAGGGGAACAUGGCCGCGCAGUCCGACGGCGGCAAAGCCGGGGUCGGGUGCGGUGGCGGCGGCUUCGCCCAGCUGUACGAUGUUGACGCCGAGGAGCCUCUGGACUCCGCCGCGAUCCACAUCUGUCAGUGCUGCCGCUCCUCGGCUUGCUACUGGGGCUGCCGCUCCGCCUGCCUCGGCUCUCUGCUCGGCGGGGGCCAGCCUGCCGGAGGGGUCGGCAUCCGGGAGACUCACUGCCCGCCCCGGGAGCAGCUGUGGCUGGACUGCCUCUGGAUCAUCCUCGCCCUCCUCGUCUUCUUCUGGGACGUUGGCACGGACCUGUUCCUGGCGGUGGACUACUACCAGAGACAGGACUACCUCUGGUUCGGCCUCACUCUCUUUUUCGUGCUGGUGCCGUCGGUGCUGGUCCAGAUUCUGAGUUUCCGCUGGUUCGUGCAGGACUACACCGGCGGGGGGCUCGGGGAGGUGGAGGGGCUGACCAAGCGGGGCACGGUGGCUCUGGGCUGCUUGUAUCCCGGCAGGGACCGCCUGCAGCUGGCCACCAUCUGGCUGUGGCAGGCCACUAUACACAUUCUCCAGCUGGGACAAGUGUGGAGGUACAUCAGGACGCUGUACCUGGGCGUCAUGUCGCGUCGGCAGAAGGAGCACCAGCGGCGGUGGUACUGGGCCAUGAUGUUCGAGUACGCAGACGUCAACAUGCUGCGACUGCUGGAGACCUUCCUGGAGUCGGCGCCUCAGCUGGUCCUGCAGCUCUGCAUCAUGAUCCAGGAGAACCGAGCUGAGACGCUGCAGUGCAUCUCCUCCCUGGCCUCCCUCCUCUCCCUCGCCUGGGUUCUGGCCUCCUACCACAAGCUGCUGCGAGACUCUCGUGACGACCAGCGCAGCAUGAGUUACCGCGGGGCGCUGCUGCACCUCUUCUGGCGCCUCUUCACCAUCUCGUCCCGCGUCCUCUCGCUGGCCCUCUUCGCCUCCCUCUUCCACAUCUACUUCGGCAUCUUCGUGGUGCUCCACUGGUGCGCCAUGGCCUUCUGGGUGGUGCACGGCGGCACCGACUUCUGCAUGUCCAAGUGGGAGGAGGUGCUCUUCAACAUGGUGGUCGGCAUCGUCUACAUCUUCUGCUGGUUUAACGUGAAGGAGGGCCGGACGCGCUACAGGAUGGUGGCGUACUACACAGUGGUGUUGGCCGAGAACACCAUCCUCACCGGCCUGUGGUACGCCUACAGGGACCCAGUGUUGACCGACUCCUACGCUGUCCCAGCACUGUGCAGUGUCUACCUGACGUUCGCCGGCGGCGUCCUGGUCAUGCUGCUGUACUACGGCUUCCUGCACCCCGCCACCGCCCACCUCCAGCCAAGCCCCGCCUCGUCCUGCUGCGCCCAGCUCCUCUGGGGCCUCCCCCUGCCCCCGUCAGCCCCGCCCACUGCCCCGCCCACCCCGGCCCACAUGGCCAAGUCCCAGACGGAAGAGGAUGUGGCCGAGACGUGUCUUCCCGUCUUCCAGGUGAGGUCCGUGCCCCCCACCGCCAAGCCCGAGGGACCGCUCAUAAAGAUCGACAUGCCCAGGAAGCGUUACCCAGCGUGGGACGCCCACUACGUAGACAGGCGCCUGCGGAGGACUAUAAACAUCCUGCAGUACAUAACGCCGGCUGCUGUGGGCAUCCGCUACCGUGACGGACCCCUGCUGUAUGAACUGUUGCAGUACGAGUCCUCACUCUGACACACACACACACGUUAACACACUACAGCACACACGAGCACCAUAAAAAACAUGUAUGUAUUCGUGGAUGUUCAGAUUUAGACACAAAGUCGCACUCAAUAUAAGCACACACAAACACAAAAGCAAUCUAUCACACACUCACAGUCACACACACACACAUUUCUUGCAGGUACCUUCGACCUGCGAGUCCCAUGGCCAUGACUCAACAAGCUGCUUCAGCGCGAGUCCAUCUCCUCCUCUCUCGAUCCUUCUGUCUCUUUAUCCAGCGCCUCUAAUUGCUCUUCACUGGGUCUCAUUUCUUAUAAUUUCACUCAUGCGCGCUCUUCCUCUGUGAAGAAAAAUUGAAAAAAAUUAGAAAAAAACGAGCGCCGUUUCACACCAGAGUCCUUGACCGCCGCAAAGCCAUUUAUGUUGCGCUCGUCGCGGGUUUCAGUAGAAUCAAAAGAUGUGACACAAAGAAAGAACAAACGUCACUUUUAAUAAAAGGAGUUUGUGAACAUGUUGUCGUUAGUCUAGUCAAAGGGUAGUGUAUAUAUUUUCUAUGUACAGAACGGAUUUGUUUUUUAAUGUGCCGUUAUGUCGUUGUUGGACAAAGCUGUUGGACACAUCAGUAUUUGGAGCCAUUUAACAAGGUCAACAGGGGAGCAUGAUGGGAAAGAUGGAGAAACCGCAAGAAUGAAUAAUAAUAGAAUAAUAAUAGAUUUAAAUUAAAAAAUGAAGCCAAACUUUUAGUUUAAACCUCUUAAAAGAAUAGUCUGACAUUUUGGGAAGCAGGUUUAUUUCUUGCCAGAGAAGAGAAGAUCUCUGUGCUUGAGCCAGGAGUCAAUUAGCUUAGCUUAGCUUAAGAACUGAAAGCAGGUGGAAACGACUAACCUAGCUAAGUUAGAAGUUAAAUAAUUCUCCCUGCCAACACUCAAAUUACGCAAAUUUACUGAUAUUAUCCCAAGAUUUGCAUCCAAAAUACUGCCGAAAUAUUUCUCAAUUUCAUUGUAUUUAGCUAAAUACGGGAGGUAAUUUGUGGUGGAGUUUCUAUUUUACUUGUUACGGACAUAGCAGAUUUGCACAGGAUUAAAAUGCAGACAACCUCUGCAAUCGUUACAAAUUACCUCUGGUCCUGUGGUGAUACUAGUCCUGUGCGUAUAUGAAAUGGGAAAAAUGUCAAUCUGUGGUUUAUUGAGUUUCGUUGAGGUGUCAGAGACUGCCUGGAGUCUUGCCGAUGGGAUAGUCAGAAUUAAUGUCUACUAAUUUAGAUUUUUUAACCUUUGGAAAGCUAACGGUUUGUCCCUGCUUCCAGAUUUGCGCUAAUCGAGGCUAACAGUCUCUUGGCUGUAGCUUCAUACUUAUCUGAGAGGUAAAAGAUAAUUGCAUAUCUUCUCAAAAAGCAAAUAAGUCCAACUGUUUCUUUAAGGACACUAACAUUUGCAUACAUUAUGUUGCUAGCAGCAUUAGCCCUCAAGUGAGGAAAAAAUAAUUAGUCUAGUAGCUGCUUAAAAUGGGAUUCAGAUGCACUAAAAUAAUAUAUUGUUUGCUGCUGAACACCAGGCAGUGUGAAAAUGUUCAAACGUGACCCAAAAAUGAUUGAGUAGUGGAAACAGGAGCUUCUGGUGAGUUUUCAAAGCUAACCUAAAGCUAAAACAGCUCAUUUUGUCUUAAUAAGCAUGUUGUAUGCUAAAGAGUGUACUAAAUUUCAACUUAGAACAGUUCCUAUUUCCUAAAUGUACACUUCUUAAUGUAACAAUCCCUCAAAAAUGCUUACCAGGCUUGUGUACUUUUGAAAAUCAACCCACUAAACAUUAAAGCUGCUCCUAACUUCAGAAACAAACAGAAGAAACCAAAAUAUGAACCAUCAAAGUCUGUAUUAGUGGAAGAAAUGCCAGCAGAUGUUUUCAGUAUUUAUGAUAAUCAUAAACACAGGAAGGGACAUAAGGCCGUAUAUGCUUAUCACAUUGUUUUCUGAGGAUCUAACCGUUCUCCAUCUUUUCCUGUUAUGCUUACAGGGCUAAUGUGAGGUUAAGUUUUCUCGCUACUUACGCUGUCAGCUAACAAUGCUCGACAACAACAACAAAAAAAAGAGGAAUCUCCAAUUUCAAUGAAUGCAAGACUAACUAUUUUUGAUCAUUUUUCUGUCUGUGAUGUCCUAAUCAUGUUGGUCCCACGCUAACAGGGUGCUGCCACUGAAACCGAUAUGAAACAGUUUGACUUCAAUUGUCACAACCCUCCCGAUGACUUGUCCUCUCUGGCAUCGCGUCCAAUAUCAACUCCUCCGAAGCCACCCACGGCUGAGCUGUGAUGUACGGCUCAUUAUUUAUUUUUUUUCGCUUGUUUAUCUCCUCUAAUCCAAGCUGUUACAUUGGCAGGCGACAACAAACGAUCCGAGAUAUCAGUCAUCAGCGAGAACGUCGCAUCUCCUGUAAUCACACGCUGUCGGGAGGGUUGCCUUCGCGCAGCGUGGUGGCGAGUAGAAACAAAAUCGAAGGUUUGAAAAGGUGUUUGGGGGAAAGCGUCCAACGCUCCACACCUUUCCUCCAGUGGAGAAGGGAGGUGAAACCCGGCCGUGAGCCAUUUCAGACAGUGCAGUUAGAAAAGAUGAACACAAACACACACGCUUCUUAACACUGCUGCUGUCCAAGAGGACUGAGCAGGUGAAAUAGUUAGAGCGCAUAGGGAGAAUCUAAAGGGGGCACUUUAACAUAUUUUGGAGUUUUGGUCUCUUCUUUUUUUUCCUCGUCAUGUGUUUGUGAGAACUCAUAAACACCACAAAGUUGACAGCAUUUGAUUGAUUGACUGAUUUAACCCUCCUGUUGUCUUCGUUUAUGGGUACCAAAUGUUUCCUUGUCUGAAAAAAUCCAAAAAUUCAGCAAAAAAAUUCCCCAAAUUUCUGAAAAUUUGCAAAACUUUCAGGAAGAAAAUUCCAAUAAUUCCUUGAAAUUUUCCCUUAAAAGUUUUAGGGAAAAAAUCCCCUAAAUUUGGCAAAAAAAUUCUCAUAAACAUUGUCAAAAAAAUGAGUAAAAAAUAUCUAAAAAUCCUAAAAAUAUCUAAAGUGAUUACACAUAUUUGGUAAAACUUCUAAAAUUUUCUUUAAGAACAUUCAGAAAAAAAAAUCAACCAAAAUCCAGCGAAAUUCGCUGGAUUUUGGUAGAUUUUUUUCCUGAAUGUUCUUGAAGAAACAUAUUUUUUGAACAUUUCUUUUUUUUCCCCACCAAAAAAUGUUCAAAAAUUACCCAAAAAUGUUGAAAAUGUGGAAGUUUUCACUGUGAAAAUAUUUUUUUUUCCCACAUUUUCAAACUUUAAAACGGGUCAAUUUGACCCACAGGACGACACGAGGGUUAAACAACAAAUCAAGCAAAUAUUCCCCAUUUCCAGCCUUUCAAAUUGGUGGAUCUUCAAAUUUUGAAUGAUUGGUGAGACAAAACAUGCAAUUUUAAGAUGUCAUCUUCAAAGUUUGGCUCUAGAAACUAAUUUUAGUAUGUGGUAUCAAACCUUUUUGCUUGUGUACCCACUUAAAAAUGAAACAACAGCUGCUUAUUUGUGUCUAGUAGUUCAAAAUGUGAUAGAAAAUAAUUGAUCAGAACUACGAGAUGCAGGCUUUUAUCAUCAUAAUGUGGAGAAAAAAAAUGGAGACUAACACUCGAAAUGCUGAAGUGUCCCUUUAAGUUAAAACGAGAAGUGAGCCUUCAUUAUUUUUCCGUGGUGCUAAGCCGAUCAACAACAAAAAAAAAAAAGACAAAUCAGUUCAUUUUUGCUGCAAAACUGGCGAAUAGAAUCAGUGACGCGCAACAGAAGCAGCCGCAUCGGUAUUCAUAUGGUGCAACACUCUCAAGCUACAGAGUCAAUCGGCUGCUAAUCCCACUUCAUAUGGUGCAAAUAUGAAAACACACGUACUUAUGGUGCAAUAAGGGCAGAUUGUCUCUUUGAAUUCUAUGGUGCAACUUGAGUACUGCCUUCAGUUGUCGGCCAAGGCUGUGCCAAAGGCUCCGUCCAAAUGGACAACUGCUCUUCCUGUCCUGCAGAAGCUAUGCAAGUCUCCGACGCAGGGAGAUGUGCUUAGUGUACACACAACACACACAUAUACACACAGACACACAGACACACAGGGUUUUCCUCUGCAGCAGGGAGAUAUGCUUCAUAAAUACACAAUGAAAAGUAGUGUCACAACAUGAGAUGUGCCCCUACCUCACUGCACACACACAAACACACACACCAAUCUCCAAUAAUCCCUUACCCCUUUAUAAUUUGGGAACAAUAUUCAUAUGGUGCUAUUGAGUAAAGUCGGAUGGUUUUUGUAUAGUCGUGGUUCCAGUGAAGAAUUUAGCCAAAUAUGUUUAGAAAACCUGACAUUCAGACCGCAAAUUCUGGGUUUCCCAGAGUGCACAUUAACCCUCGUGUUGUCCUGCGGGUCAAAAUUGACCCGUUUUAAAGUGUGAAAAUGUGGGGAAAAAAAUAGAUUUUCACAGUCAAACUUCUCAUGUCCACAUUUUCAACAUUUUUGGGAAAUUUUUGAACAUUUUUUGGUGGAAAAAAGAAAUGUUAAAAAUGUUCUUAAAGAAAAUAUUAGAAGUUUUACUCAUAUAUCUGUAAUCACUAGAUAUUUUUAGGAUUUUUUUGGAAGAUUUUUAUUCAUUUUUUGAAAAUAUUUACAAGAAUUGUCAAUGCCAAAUUUGGUUUGUUUUUGACAAUAAAACUUUCAAGGGAAACUUUUAAGGAAUUAUUGGAAUUUUCUUCCUUAUGGUUUUGCAAAAUUUUCAGAAAUUUGGGGAAUUUUUUUGCUGGAUUUUUUUCAGACAAGGAAACUGUAUUUUUUGGUGCCCGUAAAUGAGGACAACAGGAGGGUUAAAACAGCAACAAUUCUGUCUCUGUGAAAAAAAAACGAGCGACACAUAAAAGCUACAAUGCCUUAUCCGCUCGCCUGAAGAUAACCGAGAACGUACGAGGGUGGAGCCACUUUUUAUGUGUGCUCUAAUCCAGACAUGCACUGUACAUUAAGCAUGGUGUCAGAAAUCAAAGGAGAACAGCAUACUGUGUUAGCACGUCAUCCUAAAAAAUGAAUAUGUGCCAUGUCGAGAACACAGUCAGGCAUUUCUUGUUCGUUUCACAGAUUGUGCUCGUGAAUUCCUUGCAUGAAUGUUCUAGAUUUGAGGGCACAAACGAACAGGUUUGGAGAGUCACAGCUUGUGCUUCUGGGUUGUUAAAGGGAGAUUUAUUUUUGAGCUUCAGAGCAGCUGUCCCCGCUAGAUUUCUUUCUCCCCCCGAGCACUGACCUCUGAUCCUUUAACCCCAAACCACGGCCUCCUUUUGCACCCAGAGCUACAGCCAAUCAGAGAUCAGGUUUAUUACAGCCAAAUCAGGUCGGACACAACCAAAUAAUACAGCUCCUUUUUUUUUUUUUUUUACACAAGUUUGUAGCAUUCAGACUCGACUACGACCUCAUAAUCAAAGUGCAGGUAUCUUCACCCAGCAGUCAAAAACUCAUCCACACUGGGUCUACAGUUGAGUCUGCACUGCCACAAAAUAAAAGCUUUUUUUUGUUGUUUUUCCACCCAGAAAACCAGAGCCUUAGCCAGGCCCCACUCUGUAUGAAAUUAAAUUCCAGUCAGUGUAUGGCAUCCACAGCUAUGCAAGCUUACAGGCAAGAAGGUUCUGGGCUUAGAUAACCUUUACAAAAAAUAGCACAUCGCUAUUCUCAUGUAUUUUAGUGUUAUUUUUGCCUCUUUUUUUGGUAGUUUGCAAAGAAGAAGUGACGAAAAAGAUGAAACCACAAUGUGAUGUACCAUUUGUUUACAUUUUUUAAGCUUUUUGCAUUUGUUUAUGAUAAUUUGGUCACUUUUUAUGGACUUGUUUUAUAUUUCUCUGUCAAGAUUGUCCUUUGAUGGGUUCAAAUUGGUCAGGAGGGGAAAACUUGUGUAAUGUACCUUCACCUUGGGAAUAACUGGGAUGAAUGCAGCCUCCCGACUGAGGAAUGUGCAUCUUAUUGUGAAAAUUUAAACCAGAAAGUUAUUUUUUCUUUGGAUAAAUACAUAAAUGUUCCACUAUCAGGGUCUGCAAAGCAUAUGAGGCCUGUGGUAAGGCUGUGUAUGAUGUACGUGUAUGUGCGAGUGCAAGUACGUGUCACUAAUGCUUCAUAUGCUUUUUUUUCAGCCAAAGUUUUACUUGCUUGGUCCAGAGCUGUGAAAGUAUCAUUACUCAUCAUGGUUUUGUGGGACUUGAGGCCAGACGCUAAGCUGUUUCUGAUCUCAGACCAGUUUCUACCAGAUCUGAGUCCAACGACAAUUCUUUCCUUUUGGAACCGAAGGGGGUUUUCGCUUGUUUUGGCACAAAUACUCAGAUUUAAUCAGAAAAUAAGCGGAAAGGAUUUCAGUGGUUUGACUCAGGUUUGGAUUCUACAAGCACAGGGCAGGGUCAAACUAAACCCUAAAAUGGAUGUAUCUAUAAGAUGUACCAUGAGCUUUUAUUUUGUCGGGGUCAUGCUUUUCUACUGUGUUCUUCAGCUUGGAAAAAAAAGUAGCUCUAGCAAAUUUGAUGUGCAAAAGUAGCUUUUAUUUUCUCGUGGUUUGCAUUUUGAUUGUAAAUACCUUUUUCUGGUAAUCGUCCUCAGUUGGAUCUAUGUUCCAUGGGUUUGCUUAGAUGGCUCUUUCAAAUGUAAUGAUAGUAAAUGUUCUUUAUAAAUAUCCAGAAUGUAAAAUGAGAGAAGAAAAAUACAGCUCGACUGGAAACUGUGUUUUCGUAGGAAUCUGUGCCAUCGUGUUGUCAUGAGUGUAAGCAUACUGAUAUUAGAUCUGUAGACGGGAUGAAGUUUUUGGAGCUGAUUUGCCAGACAGCUAUAGUCAUGCUUUGGCUCAGUUUCUUUCUAAAAGAGUCCAAAUUAAACAAAAUGAGAAGUAAUUUGUUUAUUGUGUCGCUAAAGACAUUGCUUUUUAAUCUCUCUGCAAUGAAGUCCUCCACAAGUGUAUGAUUAUUGAAGACAAUAUAAUUUAACCAUUAGCAUUUUCUGAUUUUGCAAAAAUGUCAAUUUAAAACUGUACAUUUUGUGCCCAGUGGCUAAGUAUUUAGUUUCAGCUCGCAUGAAAGAUGGGAGCAGAGGGAAACAGCUAAUUAGCUUGCUAGGUAGCUUUGUCAAAAGAUCGCAACUAGCAAAGAGCCAAAUCAACUUCUGCUUCUUAAAAAAAUGUCACAUAUCAGGUUGUGUAUAGACUAAAUUAAGUAAAAAAGAUAAAGUAUUACUCUGUUAAAAUGUAGACCUAUAGGUUAGCUAUUUGACCUACUUCGUGUUGUUAUGCUAAUGACUAAUUAGCUAGAUAGCAUACUCUAAACAUGACGUUAUGGAUAUAUGAAAAAAAUGUUCACAUAUCUAGUUGUGUAUGGGCUAACCUAAAAAAGGGGGGAUAAACUAUUAAAUGGUUAAAAUUUAGAAGUGCUGGUUUGCACACUUUUUAAAAAAUAACUAGGGAGCCAAGCUAGCUGUUUUCGCUCUAUAUGCUAACGGCUAAUUAGCGAUUUAGCCUGGUCUAGCCAAAGAUAGUAACAAGCAGAGACAUAAAAGUGACACGUUAUGAGAAAAAAGAACACAUAUUUGGUUUUGUAUGAAUUAAAAUAAUAAAAUAAAGUCACAAAGUAUUAUUUGGUUAAAAAUUUAGAUGUGCUGGUUCUAGAAUUUUUUUUUUUAAAUAAGACCUAAAAUGUUGGACUAAGCAAGGCUAGCUGUUUUCCCUGUUAGCUAACUAGUUCACUAGCUCUGGCAAAAGACGGCAAAGAGACCAAGAAGUUGUUUCGAAGUUGCUGCUUAUAACAUUUAAAUUAAAAUCCACUUACCUGGUUGUGUAUGGAUUAAACAAACAACAAAAAGAUACAUUACCUACUGGCUUCCUUUUUUUUUUUUAAAGAAUUGAAGGCAGAGCUGGGCUGUUUCUUCUGCUUCCGUUUUUGUGCUAAAUGAAUCUCUAGACUUUAGCUUCAUGUUAGCAUACAGCAUACAUAAGAGUGGUGUUUUAUCUUUAGUAAUUUCCAGCCAAAAUGACAUAAAGUGUUACAUAAAUUUUCCGAAAUAUAAAAUGGUUCCUUUAAAAUAAGGUUAAACAGGCAUUUAUUGCAAAUACAUAGGUUUGCAUUAGAUAUAAGUGUAACAGUAUUGGCAAAAUGUUUCACCCAAAUUCCAAAUUUUAGCUUAGCAUAAAGGCAGGAAGUUAUGAAUGAAACCUAGCCUGGCUCUGACCAAAAAUUUGUCAACCAGAAACUCUAAAAUUCACUAUACCUUGUUUUACUUAUUCAAAACUUAAGAACCAUAUUAGCCGUUUCCUUCAGUUUCCAGCUAACACCAGCUAACUCAAUGACACCAAAGCCAUGUAGCCCAGGUGACUGUGAUAAAAAACAUCCAACAAUUACCUGAUUUCACACCUGAGCUGUCUGGCCAACAUCUCCUGACUUCACUGUAGAAAUGAUGGCUGCCGUCAUUAACCGUGUUCAAACCACUCCUGCGUCAGCUCAUAAACACACCAUUCAGGAAUCUUCUGGUUUUUGGGGAUGGAUUUCCCAAACUCACACCAAAUAUCUCAGACCAACCACAAACGAGACGGGAGAGAAACGAGAAGACACGUGGUGUAUCUCUGGUUUGUCUGUGUAUUCUGUGUCUAUGAUAGUGUAAAAGCAUUCUGGGGAAGAGUUGAAUGAUAUUUUCAAUGGCUCUAGGUGGCCAGCAUUAGGAAAUGUGUUAUUUUUGUUACAAUACCUCCUGAAAAUAAAGUCUAUUUAUCUGUGAAGAGACAAAGAUUUACAAUAAUACAGAUGACUACAUAGAAAUUAUGACAGAUUUUAAAUGAUGUAAAACAGAUAUAAAUGAAAACAUGUACAGUUCAUUUGGUUUUGAACACGAUACAGAAAUGUAUAUGCGUCAGUAUUGAGUUUGAUUUUAUAUAUUUACCAUUUUAUUACAUUGUAAUGUUGUGACUGCGAUGGAGAAAAAAAAAUAUAAAGGAAUAUAAAUUAA